ACAAAAGCGCUAUUCCCCGCUCGCAGAGUAAAAACACGGUGAUUUUUGGAGUAGGGGGUACGAUCUCUGUUGAUUCUGUGUAAAGAGGUAGCACGAAGAAAAACCAAGAGGAAUUCGCUCUUAAUGAAUGAAAAUACGGAUCGGCGCUGUACACGCAGCCAGAGUAAAGUGGCUGACAUCGAAGGGAAGAAAAUAAGAAAUAAGUGGGGAUAGCACAAAACAAGGAAAAGCCAAGUGGGCACGCGAACCGGAGACGAAGCAAAACCCCUGCAACUGACGAUCAACGGAUUACAACAAUAUUCCCGUUGUUGGCGAGUAAACUAUUUUCUAGAGGGAAUUGAUGGUGUCUUUACAGAGCAGAACAGACUUUGCCGAGGUGAUUUUGAAUGCACUCGGCUGAAUCAUGCUGAGGUUGUGGAUAAUAACUUUGACUAUCAGUUUUAACAAAGUGUGGACAGCAAGGUUCUCACAGGAGCCAGCGGACCAGUCUGUUGUUUUGGGAGAGAGAGUAGUCAUGUCCUGUGUCGUCUACAACUACACCGGAAUCGUACAGUGGACCAAGGAUGGACUGGCACUGGGCAUUGGAGAGGGCCUCAGGGCCUGGCCCAGGUACCGUGUGCUGCGGGUGAUAGACGUGGGCCAGUAUAACCUGGAGAUCUCUGCGGCAGAGCUGUCCGAUGACUCCCUGUAUGAGUGCCAGGCCACAGAGGCUGCCCUACGCUCCCGGAGAGCCAAACUCACCGUCCUCAUCCCUCCCGAUGACCCAGUGAUCGAGGGCUUUCCAGAGAUCCUGCUGAGAGCCAAUGUCUCCUAUAACCUGAGCUGUGUGUCCCGCGGGGCCAAGCCACUGGGCAUCAUCGAGUGGAAACGGGACGGGGUGGCCCUGGAGGGAGCCUUCAGCACCACCGAGGUUCUCCCAGACAGAAAGAGGGUGACGACAAGGAGCUUCCUGCCCAUCAUCCCAGAGGACAAAGACACGGGACGCAACUUCACUUGUGUGGCCAGCAACAAGGCUGUCCCAAUGGGAAAACGCACCACCGUCACCCUCAACGUGCACCACCCCCCCAAGGUGAACCUAUCCAUGGAGCCUCGGUCUGUCCUGGAGGGAGAGAGAGUCAUCUUCACCUGCCAGGCCACUGCCAACCCUCCCAUCAUGGGUAUCCGGUGGGCGAAGGGUGGUGUUCUCCUGGAGGGGGCGAGGGAGAGUGUGUUUGUGACCCCAGUAGACCACUCCUUUCACACCGAGCCGGUCUCCUGCUCUGUGUUCAACGCUGUGGGACACACCAACCUCAGCAUCGUGGUCGAUGUACACUAUGGUCCUAUCCUGAAGGGGGCGCUCACGCCGAUUACAGUGGACAUUGACUUUGACGCCAAACUCAACUGCAAGUGGGCCGGGAACCCUCCACUCACACUCACCUGGACCAAGAAGGGAUCUAACAUGGUCCUUAGUAACAAGGAGGAGCUGAUCCUGAAGUCCGUGAGCCAGGCAGACGCGGGCCAGUAUGUGUGUAAGGCUAUCGUCCCCAGGAUCGGAGUGAGAGAGACUGAGGUCAAUCUUAUAGUUAAUGGCCCUCCCAUCAUCUCCAGUGAACCAGUGCAGUACGCAGUGAGAGGGGAGAAAGGAGAGGUCAAGUGCUAUAUCGCUAGCACCCCUCCACCCGAUAAGAUUGUGUGGGCGUGGAAGGAGAACGUGUGGGAGAAGGAGAAGGGGACUCUGCUGGAGAGGUACACGGUGGAGCAGAGUAAACCUCACUCCCAGGGAGGGGCUGUCCUCUCCACCCUCACCAUCAACAACGUCAUGCAGUCUGACUUCCACUCUCCGUACAACUGCACCGCCUGGAACGCCUUCGGACCGGGGACUAUGAUCAUCACCCUGGAGGAGAAAGAGAUAGUUCCAGUGGGGAUUAUAGCUGGUGGAACUGUUGGAUCCUCCAUCCUGCUCCUGAUCUUUCUGUUGGCUCUGGCCUUCUUCCUCUACCGCCAACGAAAAGGCAGUCGGCGUGGGGUCACUCUGGGGAAGCCAGACAUCAAGGUGGAGACGGUCAACAAGGAGACACACAGUCUGGAGGAGGAGUCUGAGAGCAUUUCCACGGCAACACGCAUGGUCAAGACCAUGUACUCCUUUCUGCCCUCUGUCUCCCUCUCUCCCUCCACUCAGCCAUUCAAAGACGAUGUGGAUCUGAAGCAGGACCUGCGCAGUGAGCUCGAUACCCGCGAGGAGUACGAACUGAAGGAUCCAACGAACGGCUACUACAAUGUCCGCGCGACCACCCACGACGAUGCCAGGCCGUCGUCCCGCUCUAUGCUGUACCAGGGAGAGUUCCGGAACUCCAACCCUCCGGGGGGAGCUACAGGAACUACCUCCAGUGGACCAGCAGGAGGCCCCGGUGGGGCGGUGGUGGCAGGAGGGGUCCCGGGGAAUCCGGGGUCACGGGCAGGGUGCUACGACCCCCGACCUCUGUCCAGGAUGUCUCAUACUAACUACGCCCAGUUCAACACCUUCACUAGGGCUGGGCAGAGCCAAGCCCCGCCCAACAUCACCCAUCCCGCUCAUCCCACUUCACAGACCAGCGAAUUCCCCGGAGACUGUGGCCUAUUGGACAGCAACACUCAGCUCACCUAUGACAACUACGGCUACCCCGCCAAGUAUCCCACCUAUCGGAUGGGCUUUGCCCCGCCCCCGGAAGUAGUACCAGCCUAUGAGAUGUACCCGACUGGACAAGGGGUGGGACCAGGGCCAGUCCAAGGACUAGGUCCUGGUCCAGAAACUCUGCUUGGGAGGUAUGGGACCUCCACCCGCUUCUCCUACUCCUCUCCUCCUGGUACGGACUACAAUCAGAGACACACGCAGAGGAUGCAGACACACGUGUGAGAGAUGUAUUGUGUAGUACAUAGUGGUUUUCAUACACACAUAUACGUACAUAGAGUGCAUUUGGAAAGUAUUCAGAACCCUUGACUUUUUCCACAUUUUGUUAUGGUACAGCCUUAUUCUAAAAUUGAUUAAAUCGUUUUUUUCCUUCAAUAAUU